AAAACAAAACACACGGAAUCACAAAUCAGUUUUGUAUAGGCAGAAAAAUUUCUCGUAAAACUUAGUUUGAAACAAAAAGAGUUUUUCGUGGCAAUUCAGAAAAAAAACACAAGUAAGAAAUUCUGAAUUAUUAUUUGUAUGAACUGGUAUGUCUUGCAUGGGCAGUUCCUUAGUACUUAACACCAAUCAGUAUGUUUGCCUGUGCUGAGUACGUCAAACAGUUGGUUUAUGCGAACAAUGCUUUCAUUUAGAUCAUCGACCGCCAUCAAGAUAUAAAAGCUUCCCUGCAAAACCAACUUAAUCAUCAGUUCGCAGUAAACCAUCGUGGCUCAUUCGUAGUAGUCGCUCAACGUUACAUCAAUCAGCUAUGAAUCUAUUCUCCGUCCUCGUAGGCGCUGCCUGCCUAACUGCAUACGCCCAAGCUUCAUCACUUAGCACCACCGUAGCGAACGCUAUCAGUACGUCCAACCUUAACCUGGCCACGGCAAUCCAACAGGUCAACAGUACGAUCAACACUGCUGAUCAGACCGCCCUGGCUUCUUGGAAUCAAUUAGGUCAAACCCUGGAGAACCUUUAUACCACGUAUUACGAUAGUUUCGAGAAUUACACCACCAUCGAUUUGAGUGUUUUCACUACCGCCAUCAGCAACAUCCAAAACACGUUCAGCAGCGCUCCCACAACCAUUCAGGGUGACUCCAUCAGUAAUCUGUUCUCCGCCGUUCAGUCGAGUGCUGACCAAGUAGCAGAAAUCCUUACUGAUGCUGCGGCCAACAUUUCCAGUGUCUGCGCCAGCAGCUGCACCACGAAGGCAACCACUUGCACAACCAAGUAUGGUGCAAAGUUGGCUGUUGAUCCGAUUACUGUCGACCGCGUGACAGCUUGUAUUACUGCCGAACAAACCCGAUAUGGCAAUAUUGGUUCCAAUAUCUCAACGCUGUACAACAAUAUCUCUACCAACGCCGUAAACUACUUUGCAGUCGUGGACGUUUGUGACACUCCGUCGGCGGAUGUUCUGAACAACAAAACUGCGAGUUAUACUCCUACAAUUAGUUGUCUAUCGAAUUACCUUAGCAGUGUUAACAAUUUCCAACUAUACACAUCAUAUGUUGACAACAUUCGAUCUACCCAGACGGAUUUGGUGGCUUUCCGCGUUCAGCGUUGUGCAUCCCUUGUUGAAUUGGACAUCCAGGAUCGCGUCACUACGGUGCUGAGCAACUUCUACAACUGCGUGGGAUGA